AACUGGCUUCUAAUGAUUCGUGCGUCGAUGUUAAUGAGUGUGCCACAAGUCCUUGCAAGGAAAACUCAGUUUGUAAAAAUCUAGUUGGAUCAUUCAAGUGCGAAUGUAACGAUGGUUACAAGCCUAAAGAUCAAUUAAGUUGUGAAGACAUCAAUGAGUGUAUAGGAGACAGCCACAAGUGUAAUUACAAGACUUCAGAAUGUGUCAAUACGCCUGGUGAAUAUCACUGCAAAUGCAACUCUGGAUUCAAGAAGGUUUCUCGAUAUGAAUGCAAAGAUAAWAAUGAGUGUGUUGAAGGAAGUCACACAUGCAAUACCACAACCUCUAAGUGUGUAAACCUACACGGUGACUUCUACUGUAAAUGUAAAACUGGUUAUCAUCAGACUGAUAGCAUGAAGCUUUGCAUGAAAGAUGAAUGUGCUCCCCUAGCAAGGCCAUACAAGAGUAUCAUCGAGCCUGCUCGGUGCACUCAAARCAGGGCUAACUAUUAUGGCGAUGUGUGUACUGUUCGCUGCGAGAAUGGCUAUGUCCUCGAAAACCCCAACCUUAAUUCAGUUUCAUGUGGUGCUAAUGGGAAAUGGAAUACAAACACYCCACGAUGUACAGCGGUCAAAUGUCCCGUACUGCUUGCCCCAACCAAUGGAAGACUAUUGCCAUCAAGUUGUUUAACCGAGGGAAACAAGUACCAGGGACAAUGUACAUACAUCUGUAACAAAGGUUAUCAGCUGAGUGGAUCGCCUGUGAGAGAAUGUCGCGCCGACAAAACAUGGACGGGAUCCAAGCCAACCUGCAUUAAAGUGGUUGUAAAGCCAUGGAUUCGRUGUCCCAUUGAUAUCAUGGUCAACUUAGCUCCUGGCCAGAAAACAGCAGACGYGAGUUCCUUGUGGAAAGAGCCAUCGUAUCUUGGUGAAAUUCUCCUUGUCGAUCCACCGACAGCUAACGCUAAGUUCCGGUUCCCUGCUGGUGAGACCAAGAUUACCUGGACGACCAGGAACKCUGCUGGUUCUGAUUCUUGUUCUAUACUUGUCAUGGUCUAUGACAAAGAAAAYCCCAAAAUCGUUACGCCUUGUCCCGCGAGCCCAGUCGGAGUAUUGACAACCACAUCCUCAGCAACAGUCACGUGGCAAGAGCCAGCCUUUUCCGACAAUGUCGGCGUCACCAAGGUAACAUYGACGCGAAAAAGUGGAGAGGUAUUUGGUCUUGGUUCGUGGAAUGUAUACUACACGGCUUAUGACAAGGCUGGAAACACUGCCACGUGCGAGUUCGUGGUCACUGUGAAAAUUCAGGGAUGCCCCGAGCUUAAAGGCCCAUACGGUGGUGAUAGAAAGUGCAGUAGCUUUGGUCAAAUAAAAUACUGCACUAUCACGUGUCCAAGUGACAAGCAGAUCUAUAAAAAUCCAUCCCCGUAUAGCGUCUGGACAUGUAACAGUGCGAAAUGGGAUCCGACCCCUGCAGUACCGGAUUGUGUUGCUGCCGCCUUAAAAGAUGACAGUUCUUGCACCGGUAAUCAAGUAGAAAUGGCCAUCGCAUUCAGCUCAGGAUCUAAAACUUAUUGUGCUGAUUGCCCACGAGGUACGUACUCAAGUAACGGCAAGUGCAAACCAUGUGCUGCUGGUCAAUACCAGGAUCAGCAAGGAAGUGCAACGUGCAAGGAUUGUGCAUCCGGGACUUCAUCCCUGGCWGGAGCAAAUGAUGUCAAGCAGUGUCGUGUUGUCUGCCGUCCCGGCCAUUAUUCCGUUGAUGGAAUGGACCCUGGUUGCCAACUGUGUCCAAAGAACACGUAUCAAAACAACCCUAAAGCAACGUCUUGUAUUCCUUGUCCUGCUGGAACUACUACACUCAGCUUGGGAAUGUCAAAGCUUUCACACUGUGGAGCAAAACCCGUUAUCACCAGUGUCACUCCAAAAACCAAAACAAUAGACGAACGACAGAGUACAUCAAUCAGCUGCUAUGUUACUGGUUCGCCAACACCAUCUAUCACACUCAAGUUUAGGAGAAACAUCUCAGCUGGAUUCCUUGGUCAAGAGACCAGAGAGUUUUUGCGAGACUCCAAUGGGAAGGUUAUUGGCAUCAAGCUUACCAUCACAGGUGCAACAUACGAAAACUCAGGCAAUUACGAAUGUUCGGCUGAGAAUCCGUUUGGUAAAGUCGUUGAGCUUUCAACACUGACUGUCAAUCAAGUGUUUGGUUCGGGAGCCGAUGCUAGUUUCGAUGUAGAUGACUUAAUCUAAGAAGUCUCCACUUCUUUCGAUAAACAACAUGGACUUUCAUAUAAUUAUAACAUAAGACAGGAAAAAAAAAAAGGAAAAAAAAAA